GAAUUUCUUUUGUUUCUUCCCCACCGCACCGCUUCUCUUCUUCCUCCUCGUCUCGUCUCGUCUACCUGACCUCUACUGCUCCCCUCUCUAUCUCUCUCCUCCACACGCUCGCCGCGAACGCAAAAGGAAACCUAGGCGGAUUUCCCUUUCGGGAAACCUCCCACCGCCGGCGGCACCGCCGCCGCCUAUCUACUCCGCCCGCGGUUCGUUCUGGUACUCCGCGCGGGGCAGCCCGUGGUCCCCUCUCCCUCGCGGCCGGGACUCGCGGCGCCGGCGCGACCGAGCGAGCGACCUCGUGGUCGGAAGGGAAUGCUCCGGUGCGGCGUGAUCUCACCGCAAGCGCGUGGGCUAGUUUCCUCGGCGUAGGUUUCGGGCAUGGAAGGGACAACGGCGGCGGAGGCGGGCAGCGGCGCGGUGGGGGAUGCGCAGAUUAAGCCCCUCCCGCAGCAGCCGCCGCAGCCGUCGGGCAGCGAGGCGCUGGAGAUGCCGGCGACGCCGCUCCCUGUCGCGCGGGAGCUCGACUGGUCGGAGCACUUCUCCUUCUUCAACUCCGAAGGCGGCACCGGCGCCACGGACGGGGCCAGGCCCGCCGACAGCGUCACCCAGCACCAACGGCACCUGGACAGCGGCGCGGACGAGAGGGUGGAGGAGCUCACCGUGCGGAACUGCAUCAGUUCGGAAGCCCAGCCCGAGGCCCCAGCUGCCGGGAGCUCCGGCGGCGGGGAGAGGCCGGUAGUCAUGAGGGGCCUGUGGGGCAAUUUUACAAGGAUGGCCUGGAGGACCGGGGAUGCGGCUAGCAGGGAAGCAUUGUUAGCGGCGAGCCGUGGCGACACUGCAAACGCUAGCAGGGACAACUUAGCAGCGAGUCGCGGUGACAACGCAAACUUGAGGAGUGGCGAUCUGGUUAGCAGGGAGAAUUUGCCAGUGAACCUCGGCAACGGUAUGAUCUCACACAACAUUGAUGCCUCUUCUGCCAAGGAAAUGCUCUUCAGCCGUGGCGAAAAUGCAACUAAUAUGGACUUCAGCAUGUCAUUUGGUAGUCAGCAGCAGCAGCAGCAUAUUCUGUCCUCGCGGCUGAAUCAAAGCGAGCAGCAGCAGCAUAUCCUGUCGUCACGGCCCAAUCAAAGUGAGCAACAGCAGCAUAUCCUGUCCACACGGCCGAAUCAAGGCGACCAGCAGCAGCAUAUCCUGUCCACACGGCCGAAUCAAGGCGAGCAGCAGCAGCAUAUCCUGUCCACACGGCCGAAUCAAGGCGAGCAGCAGCAGCAUAUCCUGUCAUCACGGCUCAAUCAAAGCGAGCAGCAGCAGCAUAUCCUGUCGUCACGGCCCAGUCAAAGUGAGCAACAGCAGCAUAUCCUGUCGUCACGGCCCAGUCAAAGCGAGCAACAGCAGCAUAUCCUGUCGUCACGGCCAAAUCAAGGCGAGCAACAGCACCAUAUCCUGUCCUCACGGCCGAAUCAAGGCGAGCAACAGCGAUCUGAAAGGGAGAAUGGUAUGAAGAUGAGUAGCUUCUCUAAUAGAAUUAUUGAUCAGAUGAGGAGCAAGACUGUAGCACCACCAUCUGGGGUUCAGGGUUCCCCGUUUAAGAAUGGAUUGAAGGGUAAAGGGGUUUCCCACCAAGCUGCACGUGAGGAGAUGCAACUUCAAGCUAAUGCAAGAUCCAGGGCCCCUAUUCCUAAGAUUCCUAGCUCAACGAACGACUCCGUCACCAGAUUGGACGGUGCAUUUUUCAACACUGCUGCCGGAAGUGUUUCCGAAUCUCAGCAUGAGGGAACCAGCCUGAGGGAACUAAUUAAGCCUGCACGCCAAGCGAUGAGCAAAUUUGAGAAAAUGCAUUUGUUUAAGCAGAUCCUUGAUCAUGUAGACAAAUGUCAUGCACAGGGUUUAACCUUACAGCAUUUGCGGCCAUCGUAUUUUAUAGUCACAUCUCCAAACCAAGUAAAAUAUACUGGUUCUUAUACUACACAAGAUUUAUCAGCCCCAGCCAAGCCGGAAAUGGCCGCAGAUGAGGUUUUUAACAGAAAACGGUUCUUAGAUCAGAAAACUGUGCUGCAAGAAUCUAAUGGCAAUGGAAAUUCAAUCCUAAAGUAUCAGAAGGUCGGUGAACAAGGUUCUGUUGCCAUCAGGCGACCGAUACAUGCCUUCCGGACUGACCACAGAGGGGGCAACCAACGUGAAGGCGCUGAUUUAGGUGCUUCAGGACAGGGAAAUUCUAGUUGCACUGCCAGAGGACGUUUUAAGUUUGGCGAACCUUACUAUGGCAGUAAUGCAUCUUAUGCCCAGCGUUUAUCUAACUACGGCAACCAAGAAUCAGUACUUGAACCGAGGGUGCUGGAAGAUAGCUGGUACAGAAGCCCAGAAGAGCUCAGUCAAUUGAAAGGCACAUUCCCAUCCAACAUCUAUAGCCUUGGGGUUCUUCUAUUUGAGCUGUUUUGCUGCUGUGAGACAUGGGAGCAGCAUUGUGCUGCAAUGUCAGAUCUUCGCCAUCGGAUCCUGCCUCCAAGUUUUCUUUCAGAAAGUCCCAGAGAGGCUGGCUUCUGCCUUUGGCUAGUGCAUCCGGAUCCUUGUUCUCGACCUAAGGCAAAGGAUAUUCAAGGAUGUGACUUGAUAAAUGAGGGUCGGGAUUUGUCGUUGUUAGAUAAGGAACCAGCUGCUGUCAAUGAGGACGACACAGAAUCUGGUUUGUUACUAAAUUUCCUUUCUCAACUGAAAGAAGAAAAGGAGAUGCAGGCUGCCAAGUUAUCAGCAGAUCUUGCAAGCUUGCAAACUGAUAUUGUAGAGGCUGAUAGAAGACACUCGUUAAGGAUGGGGUUCACUUUGGAGGACAUGGAUGCACUGGCAAGUUCUAAUGAUGUGCCAGGCACUUCAUCAAAUGCCUUGAGAGGAGGGGCCUUGUUGUCAGGUGCGAUACCGCCAUCAGGCAGGCCAAGCAUAUACGAGGAGAGGGUGAUGAGGAAUUUGGAGCAGCUUGAAAAUGCAUAUUACUCCAUGAGGUCCACCAUUGACACAUCGGAUACUAAUGUAAUUAAGCGUCCUGAUAAUGAUGCUUUGAGGGUCCGUGAAAACUUCUCCCAACUUCACAGGGACACCGAUGUUAUGGAUGGGCAAACAGACCGCCUUGGGUGCUUUUUUGAUGGUCUAUGCAAAUAUGCCCGUCAUAGUAGGUUUGAAGUACGAGGGAUUUUGAAGAACGCUGAUAUACUUAGCUCGCCAAAUGUGAUCUGCUCUUUGAGUUUUGACCGAGAUGAAGAAUAUUUUGCUACUGCUGGGGUUUCAAAGAAAAUCAAAAUAUUUGAAUUCGAUGCUCUUUUGAAUGAUCGUGUUGACAUUCAUUAUCCUUUAGUAGAGAUGCCUAGUAAGUCCAAACUUAGUUGUGUCUCUUGGAACAACUAUAUAAAGAACUACUUGGCAUCAACAGACUAUGAUGGCACUGUUCAGCUAUGGGAUGCAAGCACUGGCCAAGGAUUCACGCAGUUUACCGAGCAUCGGAAAAGAGCUUGGUCUGUGAGUUUCUCAGAGGUGGAUCCAACUAAAUUGGCAAGUGGGAGUGACGACUGUUGUGUGAAAGUGUGGAGUAUUAACCAGAAAAAUUGCGUCGAUACAAUAAGAAAUGUGGCCAACGUAUGCUGCGUACAGUUCUCUCCAUACUCCUCUCGCAUGUUAGCUUUUGGCUCAGCUGAUUACAAGACAUACUGUUAUGAUCUGAGGCAUACUAGGAUCCCCUGGUGUACCAUUUCUGGACAUGGGAAAGCUGUCAGCUAUGUAAGAUUCUUGGAUCCAGAAACGCUUAUAUCUGCAUCAACUGACAACACCUUGAAGAUAUGGGAUCUCAACCAGACUAAUUCCAGUGGCUUAUCUACUAAUGCUUGCAGUCUGACAUUGAGUGGUCAUACCAAUGAGAAGAAUUUUGUCGGAUUAUCUGUUCAUGAUGGAUACAUAACGUGUGGUUCUGAAAACAACGAAGUAUAUUCUUACUACAAAACCUUUCCCAUGCCAAUAACUUCUCAUAAGUUUGGUUCGAUCGACCCAAUAACUGGACAAGAGACAAACGAUGAUAACCAGCAAUUUGUGUCGAGCGUCUGCUGGAGAGGGAGGUCAAAUAUGGUGGUGGCCGCCAACUCUAGUGGGAGCAUUAAAGUUCUUGAGCUUGUUUGAACAAGCUGUUAGAGAAAUUUACAGAAUGAGAUCUGGGUGCUGCGGUUGUGAUGCUGUCUUGGUGAUGCUUCAGUGACUGUAUAUUCCCUAUCGACCAUUCUGCCUUGUCAAUGGACAAAUAAGGCCGAGCCAUCAGAGCGGUCGAAACACACAGUUGUUCAGUUCAAGCAACCUGCAACUGCCGACUACCGGUAUUGUUUGCUUGAGACUCCACCAGUGAAGUGUGCAACUGGAGGGGGUAGGAAAGGCCUCGGCUAUUCUGAAAGGUAAACUGUGUUAGGAAGCCGCUUUGACAUAGUACUUGCUAGUCAGCAUCUCAAGGAGGGCCUAGGGCUAGGUGUCUGUACAGAUUUAGGGGCUCCAAGGGCCGUGUAAUAUAUAUCCUGGAACUGGUUGUGCUUUUGAGCUAGAACCUUACAUGAUAAGUCUGCGCGAUCCAUAUCUCACAGGGACCAACCCAGUUUUGGUAUGCAGUGACUAACAGUCUAGCAUGAUGUGUGCUGAAGGUCGACAUUGUUGUUCGAAGGAGCUAAUCAUGCAUCUGAUGUGUGUGAGAGUGAGUGAUGCAACGAGGAAGAGUCUGUCUAUGCCUAUUUUUUGUACUCCCUUUAUUUAAUUAGAGCAAUAUAUUACUUACUGUA